AUGGGCGUCUUCGACUCGGUCGGGACACUGCUGGCAGACAUAGCGAACAUCAUCUCCGACGGGCAGCGCAUCCUGAGCCUUUCGGACAAACGGCAUUGGGGGCAGGACGAGCGCGAGCAGGAGCGUGCGCUAAAUUCGGUGCUGGACGAGGCGAGAAAGGACUUUCAAGAGCUUGGACCGCUGGUCAAUGGAAAUGGGCGGUCGCAGUACGAGCACGAUCGCAGACAUGAGUCAAUGGAAGAGCUGCGAGCGAUUCUUGGCAAGUUUCAGGCAUUAAACGAGAAGCUAAAGGACUGGAGUCGAUCUGGAGGACCUAUCGAUCCCACCUGGGUGCGCGAGACAUAUACGUUAAAGCGAGAGCUACAUCGAGCUCAAUGCCGGGCAGCAAUGCGAGUAUUCACAUCCGCGCGGGAAGCCUCACAGCGGUGUUUAGGCGCCUUUAUCGUACAGCGGAAACAGCGAGCUCCUCUCCGCGAUGCCAAGGCCGGAAUUAGACCAGAUGAAGCGACACUCGAGAGAUAUUAUAGAGAAGAACUUAUGGCGUGUAAGACCGUGGGGACAUUUCAGCGAUUUGGAGACCAAGAUAUUGCGUUUGUCUGCGACUUUUGUGAUGGACAUUUAGUAUGGGAGGAUUUGGAGCGCAUACCAACAGUGCGAUCGUCUACCCGAGCAGUACCACCAAGCUCAUUAGGCUCGCCAGUAUCAUUACUACCAACCACGUCAAACUGGCAAGCAUCAGGCGUCACGAAUUGCGGCCAGCAUCAGAAGCAGGUCAUCUUUGCUCCAGUGGCUAUCGCAAACCACAUUAUACCGACACAUGGAGACUGGGAGGCCAAGUUGCUUUGCCCGCUGUGCGAGGAAAUUGGGGAACAGCCCCAGGACGAAGACGACGAUGAGGAUCCGUAUCGCCCCGAUGAGGAGUUUGACGACGUAAAAUCUUUACAAGAGCACCUUGAAUGGCAGCAUGGAACGGCUACACUACCGAUUGGAUUACCAACGGCGACGACAGCAGAGAACAACUGCCUGGUCAUGUGA